GGCGAAUGCUACGGGAGCGUUCGGCCGAGGCGUUCGCUGCGGCCGCGGCUGAGGAGGUCGGGGCGAGGCUCUACGUCGCCGAUUUCUUCGCGCGCGCCUUCGCCCUCGCGGGUGAUGUCGAGGCUUUUGCAAAUGCUCUUGUUCACAAUCAUUCCAGCACCUUGGACUCCACUAAUCCAAUUCUGAAGAAGAGCAAGAUCAAUGAUAUAAGAGGACUCCAAAACUUGGCCAAGUCAUUAUCUGGACAGCGUUCUGUUCAGGCACAAUCUGCUGAAUACACAAAUUUCCACCGCGAGCCUUAUUUCACGAGCGUGGCCAUGAUUUUUCAAUUCUUCAGCUGUCUAGUGCCUUGA